AUGUGUCAAUAUUCAAUCGAUGAUUAUGAUCCUCAUCAAUCAUCAUUGAAUGAAAUCAUUUAUCAAUUGUAUUCGCAUACAUAUAAAUCGACUAUAUUUACAUGUUACGUCCAUUUACAAUGUAACCGUGGCCCGGUUCCGUCCUGUCUCGACUGGAGUGAAAUCUGUGAUGGAAAAAUUGAUUGUAUUGAUGGAGGACGUGAUGAAGAAUACUGUUGGCAACUUGAAAUCAAUGAGUGUGGAAAUGAUGAAUAUCGAUGUAGCAAUGGGCAAUGUAUACCCUAUGUAUUCUUUCAUGAUGAUUCUCUUGUUCCUGAUUGUCUUGAUGGAUCUGACGAAGUUCCGAUGUAUUAUGAUAAACGUGGCAACUGUGAUAAAAGUGAACCAACAUUUGCUUGCGAAGAUAUUACAAUAUGUGAUGGUUUUACUGAAUUGAUACCGGUGACUAUUGAUGGACGAAACGAAACAGAUGAAACAGACUGUGAACAAUGGCAAUGUAAUAAUACAUACACACGUUGUGAUGGUUACUGGAAUUGUCUCAAUGAAGCCGAUGAAAUCGAUUGUGAUUCAUUACCAUUAUUAGAUUGUCCUCUUCAUCAUCACAUUUGUGUAUCAUCUGAAACCGGACGACUUGCAUGUUUACCAAUCGAAAAAGCCAAUGAUGGUAAAAUUGAUUGUCUUGGUGCCACUGACGAACCCAACCUGAUUCUUCGAUAUUCAUUUAAUCGUCAAACUAAGCAACGUUGUCAUCGUGGUUUUGAUUUGCGAGUCUGGUUAGACAAAGACAAUAAUUUGACAACAACAACAUGUCUUUGUCCGCCAAGUUUCUAUGGUGACAUGUGUCAAUAUCAAAAUCAACGCAUAAGUCUCACCAUGCAAUAUCGAGCUUUGUCUGAUGCGUGGCGAACACCAUUUGUUCUUGUUGUCAUGCUUAUCGACGAUAGCAAUGAACGAACUAUACAUUCUCAUGAACAAUUCACUUAUCUACCAAUGCGAGAUUGUCAAAUCAAAUUCAAUGCCUAUCUACUCUAUUCAACAAGACCAAAAAAUCACUCAAGAAAUUAUUCAGUACAUAUCGAUAUCUAUGAAAAGUUCUCAUUAGCUUAUCGUGGAAGUUGGCUAUUACCAUUGAAAUUUCCGUUUUUGUCUGUACAUCGUCUUGCCGUUCAACUGGAUAUUCCGCGCAGUCUUGACAGCAUUCAAAAUUGUUCAGACCAACAGUGCGUUCAUGGACAUUGUGUUAGAUAUUCUCAUAAUCAGGAUGGCUCGACUUUUUGUCAAUGCAAUCAAGAAUGGUCUGGGCGAUACUGUACGAUUCCACAUACUUGUAUAUGUUCAUUUGAUUCUCUGUGUAUUGGUAUCUUAGCUAAUAAUCGAUCUUUGUGUAUUUGUCCGAUUAAUCGAUUCGGUCCUCGAUGUUUGCUUGAAAAUACAUUGUGUGAACUCGAUCAAAAUACGAGAUGUCUCAACGGUGGACAAUGCAUUCCAAAUGAUGAACAUAUUGUAUCUGAAAGAAAAUUUACGUGUAUUUGCUCGAAAGGUUUUUCUGGAGACAGAUGUGAAAUAGCCGAUAGUAAAAUCAUCGUUUCAUUUGACAAAGAUAUUCCUAUAUCACAAGCAAUGCUUGUACAUUUCAUUCAAGUGAUUGAUAAUGCUUCACCUGAACGUGCGACUACUUUCAAAACAAUUCCUAUUCAUCAAAAUUCAAUUAUUAUUUAUUGGUCACGUCCAUUUCAUCUUGUCUUCGUUGAACUUUUCAACAAAAAUUACUAUUUAGUUGUUAUUCAAAGAACAUUCUAUCCGUCAACAACAAUAAUUAGGAAAAUCAAUUCAUCAGAUCGUUGUGAACACAUAAAUGAGCUAUUUAAUGAAACGAUCAUUAAAUUACAUCUUCUUCGUCGCAUCAAAUAUUAUCAUAUUCCAUGUCAACGACAUUCACCAAAGUUAUCAUGUUUUUAUGAUGAUAUUCAUCUUUGUCUAUGCAAUAAUCAUGGUUCACAUCGUGUGGCUAAUUGUUUCGAAUUUGAUCAUCAUAUGAAAAGUGAUUGUCUUGGUCGAAGUGGCUGUGAAAAUGGAGCUCAAUGCUUUCAAGAUAGUUCAACUUGUGCACAAACAUCGAUUUGUGUAUGUCCGGCUUGUUUCUAUGGAGUACGAUGUCAAUUUAGUACUAGUGGUUUUGGUCUUUCACUUGAUGCCAUUUUGGGUUAUCACAUAUUACCACAUCACAGCAUCCUACAUCAGCCAUAUCCUGUACAAAUUAGCGCCGCUUUGACUGUUAUCACGGUUAUAACUGGACUAAUCAAUGGUGUUCUCACUUUAAUAACUUUUCGGAGUAAGAAAUUACGUGAAGCCGGUUGUGGUUUGUAUCUGAUAGGAUCAUCGAUCACAACUCUAUUGACAAUGAUUCUGUUUGGUAUUAAAUUUUGGAUACUUGUUAGCUCACAAAUGGCCCUGACAAUCAAUCGAUUCUUCUUAUAUGUACAAUGUCUAUUGAUCGACUUUCUUCUACGCAUUUGUCUUAGUAUGGAUCAAUGGUUAAAUGCAUGUGUGGCUGCCGAGCGGGCAACAACUGUUUUAAAAAAAGUCAAAUUUGACAAGAAGAAGAGCAAGAAAGUAGCUAAAUACGUGAUUGUUGCUUUUCUUAUUCUGACAAUUAGCACAGCUAUUCAUGAUCCCAUUCAUCGACAUCUUUUUGACGAUGAGGAUGGUGAUGAGAAACGAAUUUGGUGUAGUGUAACUUUUUCGUCAAGUUUUCAACUCUUCAAUUCGAUUACUCAUCUCUUUCACUUUUUUAUCCCAUUUUUCAUUAAUCUAAUCUCGGCUCUUAUCAUUUUGAGAGCAAAUGCUAGACAAAGAGCCAUCGUUCAACCUCAUUAUACUUAUCAACAGUUGUUGCGUCAACAAUUUCAACAACACAAUCAUCUUAUUAUAGCUCCAUUUGUCUUAGUCAUUCUUGCUUUUCCACGUGUAGUUCUUUCUUUUGUUUCUGGUUGUAUGAAAUCAGCUCAUGAUUCAUGGUUAUUCCUAGUCGGAUAUUUUGUUUCAUUCAUUCCACCGAUGUUCACAUUUUUAAUCUUCAUUUUACCAUCAAAAUUGUACAAAGAAGAAUUUCGCAAGGCUGUCAAGCAUUACUGGAGAAUGAUAUAAAUGCGUUAUAUAUCUUGUUAUGUAUACAGGUUGGUUAAAAGAAGAAAUUUUCAUUGUUAAGUUUGUUUUUUUUUAUUAGAAAGACUUAUCUCCAAUCCAUUUCAGCAUUUUGAUAUUUUCAUGCCAGUAAGCGAAUCGAGUAACUCGACAAAAAGGCAUUUGUAUUGAUUUCUCACUUGAAUUUUUUUUUCUUGAAAGGAAUGCCUUUGAUAGAAGUUAUUAUGCAUAUGAAAGAUUAGACUUGGCACAUAGAUUCAUUAGAGCGAUAGUAGCAAGAUCAAAGACGACUUUGAGAUCAAAUUUUUGAUCGAUCAUAGUACUAAUGAGCAUAUUAAUCUAUGUAUCAGUUUUAUGUGAGAUUCAUAUUCGGAGUUGACAGUUUUUCAGGUCGUCUGAUAGAAUAUUUAGUUCUAAUUACAACAAAUUUAGCAGAAACAGGUAAAGCAAUAUUGACAAAUAUUGAAAGCACGAACACCAUCUGACUAAUAACUUUUCCGCUUGUCGAUCGAUCAGAAGUGACCGAUAAAAAAAGAAUCUUGAAAUCUAAUGUGAAAAGUCUCUAUUCAAGACAUUGUUACACGAUUCAAUAAAUAAGCGUUUGAGUGUCUCGUAGCUCAUUUAUUACUGUCUAGCCAUUAUGACUGAAUAGAAGAAACUUAUAAAAACUUACAUCAACAGAAUUAGAAACAUACUGAAAUCCUCUACAACAAGAUGAUGUAAGAAUCAUCUUGAUGUAGAAUAUGUUUUAACAAAAGUUCAUUUCACUCAUGCUUCUUUUUUUCUUUCAGAUCAGUAACUUGAUUAUCGGAGAAGAAAAGUUGGACGAUCAACUCAUUAUGGUUUCUGUACCGAAACAAGAACUUUCUUGUUGUUGUAUUGUAAUUGUAGUUCAAGAUGUCGUUUCUUGCUCGUUGAUACUAAUCUUCUAUUACUUCUACUCUUUAUUGUUGACGAAAUUGUACUUAAAAAGAACUUUGGAUGUUGUAUUUUACAGUUCAAAAUACUAAGGUUCAUACAUUCGAGAUAAAGCAGUAAAUAAAAAAUUUGAAACUCUGUCAAUGUCAAAGUGCGGGUGUGAGUGUCGAUCUUCUAUUGUCCAACACCUCACCCACACUCCUGAAGAAGUCGGUUUGUUUCGAUUUUUAUUCACAUGAUGUUAACUGACUCAGCCGGAUAUUACUAUGUCAUUCAAAUUUUUCCAAGGGAAUCUUUGAUGACAACAUUUAUAUGAUUAUUAUUAAAAUGUACCAUAAGAAAAUGAAAGCAACAAAAGUAUACCGUACAAUAUGCCAAUAAUCGAUAAUAAUAAAAAUUUCAAAGAUAAGAUAAAAUAAAUUUGAAUGCUACAAAAAAUUCGUUGCACUGGUGUAAUUUAAUAAAAAGUCAUAUGAAUUUUUCGUUAAAUGAGCAAUUUAUUGAAUUAAGUUUGGAAUAUAAGUAUACAAAAGAGAGUGAUGGGACACGAGAUCAAAGGUCACGGCAUGCGCGAUAAGCAGGACUCAAUGCUUCUCCCACUUACUCCUCUCAAUGAAACAAAAAGCAAAAAUAACUGUCCAUAUAGUGCAUCACAAUAGCGAUCGAUGUUUUUAUGUCGCAAGAGAAGAAGAACGGUCGUCACAGUCGUCGACUCUUAUGUAAAUAGACAUUAAAUCAGAAAAUGAACAAUAGUGACGGUAUGACCAUAAUAUAAUUCGUCUGACAUAGAAAAUGCAAUGUAUAUAUAUAUA